UGAUGUGCACCAGCAUUUCCACGAUACAGCUACUUCUUGAUCGAAAACCACUUAAGCAAUUCAAUAAUCAGUGCAAUGGCAGAUUCAGAAAACAUGGACAAUUCUGGUUCUCCAGUGCCCGAAGUGGACCCAGCUGCUGAAUUUCUUGCCCGGGAGCAAGAUGAGCUUGCAGGCCUAGAAGACGACAGUUUUGCUGGUGGAGAUUCUGCGCCAGAUGUACAGGCACCGGCGGCGGCGUCGCCGGAUGAAUUACUUAAUGAUGACUUUGGUGGUUUUGUGGCAGAUCCAGUCGCAGAUGAAACUGAAGCUCAGAUGAAUGGACCAUCAGAUAACUACUCCUCAAUCUCACAGGUUGAUAGGCUUGCUAAUGAGCCAGAGAAAAUCAAGUUAUGGAGAGAAGAACAAAAAGAGAUGCUCACUAACAAAGAUACCGAGGCAGACAAAUUACAAAAUGAAUGGAAGGAAAUUGCCAAGAAAGAAAUGUCUGAGUGGAACUCCAGGCAAACGGAACAGCUUGCUAAGACUAAAACAUCUAAUAAGGCUGCAGAGAAAGCUUUCAUUGAUGAGCGUGAUGAGGAAACCCCAGGCCAGGAAUGGGAACGCAUCGCUCGUCUCUGUGAUUUCAACCCAAAGAGUAGUAAGAACACAAAAGAUGUGACACGAUUGCGUUCAAUAUUGCUGCAUCUGAAGCAGUCAGGGAUAGACAAGUAGAAAAUAAAGCAUUCUUUAAACCAUUGGGAGUCACUAAAUGCACCCCUUAAUCAGGUCGUUCUGUUAGCCUCAUUUAUUUUCAAAGAAAUGUAUAGACAUGUCAAUUUACACAUGAUUAGUUGUAACCACUGCUUAGGUCAAUGUGCUUUUAGUUCCUGCAAAGAUGUGAGGUUUGUAAUCGUUGAGACCAAUGUUUGCAUUAUUAUACAGCCGUGGUGGUGUGAGCUGAAGGGAUACCCCAUCAUUCGGUUCUUAUGCCUGCAUUGAUGUUGUGUCUUUCUUUAAAAAAUCAUGAAAGGACAAAAAGACUGUAAACCAAGGUGUUACAAUUUCAGUUGUGUUUGAAGAUUGUUUGUAAUGAACAUAAAUUCAUGCCAAAUGCAACUUAACAAUUAAAAACCGAAAUGAGUGCAAAGAAAAUGUUGAUUUGAGCAGAAAUAAAGUCAUAGUAUUAACAUUCCAAGCACAUUUCACGGCUUUCAUCAAUGCUUGUUGACCAGAAGAAGAAUCAUCAAAGACUAUAAUGUUUAAGUAGAACUUUGUAUGCCUUGAAACAACCAGUCAUUUUUAGGCUCGUCCCCCAGCAAUGAAAAGUAAAAUUUUCAGGGAAACGUGAGAGAAACAUGGAGUAGCUAAAACACUUUUCUGUCCUACGUAUGACAUAAUAGGAAACCAAUGUAUUGCAACUACAUGUUGUCUUUAGUUGUGUUUCGCAACACCCACCAGUUUGACCAAUAUUUGUGUACAAUUACGGUAUGUUUUGUAUGUAGCUUACUUUUAAUAGAAAAUGAUUUCGGAUGUUGACAAAUAGUGUUUGAAGUAUUUAAAAAAGAGAUACAAUGUACAGUUGACGGUUUUAGAUAAUUUGCUUAAAUCCCUGUACAAGAAAUGACUGGUGGUACAGCAAUGGUUUCCUAAUGAUGCAUAGUUGCUCAGUGCAAAAAUGGUUUGGCGAAGGAUUAAAAGAUAACUGGUCAAUAAAUGCAUUGUUUGUAGACCCUUGCAUUGGCUGCGAUCCUAGAGACCAAACAAUGGAAAUGUGUACGCGUGGAGCACAACUCUCAGCCAAUAAUAGGUCUUCAUUGACCUCAUUCAGGCUUGUCAUGGGGUAUAUUUUUGUUACUGGCAACUUUAAGAUCUACUCAUGUGAAACUGCUGUAAAUGGAUAAAAAGAAAAAUGUUGGACGAGUUGGUUGAAUUAGUUGAAUGUGUUAUUUUGUUUGUGGAAUUUGUGUUAUUUCCUCUCCUGUUAAUCUGGUAGGAGCUGCUCUCACAUACGCAACAUUUUUAACAAGAAGGAAUAAUGUUAUGAGGCCUCAUCGUAAUGUCUAACCCACAAGUGUUGACCAAUCAAUUUACGUUCAAGUAUCUUGCUGACUACUAAAAUGCAUUGUGUACAAUCUUUGUUCAUAUUGUGAGAAUGCCACAUGUCAAUGGUAACUACAUAUACAUUGACAGGUCAUUGGUGAAGCAUCACACUGCAUACGCCUUAUAACUGUACAGCAGGCCUCAUAACAAUAAUAAUGUAUGUCUUAUAAAGCACCGUUAUUCACCAAUGCAGGCGCUCAUAGCGCUUGCUCAAAAAAUGUGAAAAUCAUUUUCAAAAAAUGUGCACUCUUAGUCAGCUGAACUCCAAGUGCACUGAUUGUGAUAUCUAACAAAAAAGUUACAAGUCAUUAUCCUCUGUGGUCAAAUUCACAUGUCCAUAUCUAAAUAAUGUCAAAGUAGGUAUAGUACAAAGGUACUGUAAAUUAAUUUGUUCUCAUAAUAGACCAUAAUAUUGGCUGCUACCAACUGACAACUGUGGUCGAUUUCACAAAACUCUUCCUAACUUAGGAUUGAUCCUUCCAUUUCCUAGCAUUUGCAACAUGUAGGAGGAGUCCCAGCCGUAAGAUUGAUCCUACAUAUAUGUAAGAUUGGUCAAGUUACUCAAACAGCUUCAUGCUAGACUACAAGAAAAUUACUACAUGGUACAUGUAGAUCCCAAAGUUAUUGUAAUACUUUUGACCAUACAUGUUGGUUGAAAACGCUGACUGGUUGGAUCUAUAUCUGAUGCUAUACCAAGCUGUGACUGGCUUUAUAAUGUGUUUUGAA